AUGGUGACUGCCGAUGACCAAGUCAAGGCCUACAUCAAGAAGAUCAUGGGCCAGCUGAAGGAGUGGAUGUACGGGGGCAAGAUCUCAAAGCUUGUCAUCGUCAUCACGAGCAAAGAAACUGGAGAGCAUGUUGAACGCUGGCAAUUCGACGUCCAAAUCUACGGAAAGAGCGCCAAGGCGAAAUCUUCCAAGAAGACGGCAGACCAAGAGAACUCCGUUCCAGAUGCCAGCGAGGCAUCAGAAGACAAGACCGAGGCUGAAAUCCAGGCCGAGAUCCAGUCUGUCUUCAGGCAGAUCACCGCCUCCGUGACUUUCUUACCCAUGCUGGACGGAAACUGUACCUUCAACGUUCUUGUCUAUGCCGACGCGGACUCUGAAGUGCCUCUCGAGUGGGGUGACAGUGACGCCAAGGAGAUCAAGAAUGGGGAGAAGGUGCAGCUGCGCAGCUUCAGCACAAGCAACCAUCGUGUGGACACACUAGUGAGCUACAGGUGA